AUGGCCGGAGAAAUGCACCAACUGGCUCAGACCAAAAUUGGCUGUGCUAUCAAGGAAGGAGAUCCGGGGAAGCUGAAAAUGUUACUCCAAGCUGGAGAAGAUGUUCAUUUUAAGGACAGGAAAGGAAAUACAUAUCUUCACUAUGUGAGUUCCAUGAACAGACCAGCUGUAUUUCACAUCAUAGCAGCCUCUGGAAUAGAUGUCAACCUUCAAAACAAACAUGGCCAUACACCUCUUCAUGUCACAGCACUACAGAGACAGAGUGGACACCUUGGUGAUCUUAUGUGUUGGGGAGCUGAUCCAUCUAUAGUUGCACUAAAUAUGAAGACACCAGAGGAGGUGAACCCACAGGACAAGUACUGGCACAAAGUAUAUGACAAAUACAAGCCUGGUAUAUUCCAAGCCGUGAAGAAUCAUGAUGUGGAGAGGGUGAAGGAACUGUUACACUGCUGGUGUAAAACAGACUCAGAAAAGAAUGGUCAGACUUUGCGCCAGUUCGCUGCUGCUCACAAACAUCAUGACAUUGUCAGUAUACUGGACAGACAUCGAGCCACAAUGGAUGCCAUAUAUGGGGUCUUGGAAUUUGACUAUGACAAACUCAAACGAGGAUUAAAGAAGACAAGAUGUGAUGUCAAUUUUCUUAACUGGGCUUCACAAAAACAGCACAUACUACAACAUGCGAUCCAGCUGCGUGACUACAGACUUGUUCAGAUGCUAUGUGAUGCUGGAGCUGAUGUCAACGUUCAUGUCCGCUUAAAGAAUUAUUUCAGGGCUCCCCUUUACUUUGAAGCCAUUUCUCCUGAAAUGAAACCAGACAUUAUGUGGAAGAUUUUGGAAUCAAAUGCAAAUUUUCAUCUGAAAGAUGAGAGAGGAAGGAAUGCUAUGCUCUAUGCCUUGGACAGGGACAGAGGAUUUAUGUCUCUAGAUAUCUUCCGAUAUAUCAUAGAAAAUGGUGGCAACGUGGCAGACAGAGAUGAGACUGGAGUGACCAUAAGAGAUACUGCCAGAUUCGCACGUCGACCAGACAUCAUCAACUAUAUUGAUAAGUGCUAUGUGAAGAUGAUUCGGACCAGUGAUAUUGAGAAAUUACAGGGGCUGGCUACAGAUGGCUAUGAUAGUAUGCUUAUUACUUAUAACGUAAGUGUUGGUUACAGGGAUUCCUUCAUCUAUGCAGCAGGCAAUGAGACAGAUGAUGCCCUUAAGUUUAUUGAAUGGCUGCCUACAUUCCAGAAUGAAACAAAUUCUCUACAGCACAGUAUACGACAUGCCCCAUUAUCUUCUGUGAGGGAUAUCGUAGAAUCCUGUCAAAGCCCAGACAUGCUUGUUAACUGCAGAGAUAAGGCGAUGAGGACACCACUGAUUUUAGCCUGUCUCUUCGCCCGUGAGGAUGUUAUCAAGUAUCUUCUUGGUUUCUCUGCCGUUAUUGUGAACAGCACUGACUGUUGUGACAGAAGCUGUUUGCAUUAUUCCUACAUGUUGGGUGAAGAUGGUGACUCUAUCAGGAAGCUCCUGAUAUCAGCUGGUAUUAAUACUGAUCAAAAAGACACAAACGGCAGAUUGGCACAGGAUUAUACCAAUAUUAGGGAGAAAGAGAGAUGGCUUAAAGAGGAAAAACAUGCAAAAUAUGGCAUGGAACUGGAGCUACUCUGUGUUGACAAGUAUGAAGAGCUGUACAAACUGAUACGUGGGAAAAGAAAAGGAUUGAAGGACUUUGCUGACUGCAUCAGAUACUUUCCAUUUCCAGUUGCAAUGUUCCCAAAAAUAUUGGGUCCGUUAAUGCCUGGAUUUAGAGAUCUCAUUUUCUUGGCCAUUGACUAUGGCAAAGAGGACAUUUGUAUUCGACUGGCAGAUAUUGGAGCUGACCUGUUCAGGAAGGAAAAGUAUACCGUGAAGACUGAUGAUGGAGAGGACAAACCUGUGUACAUGACUGCAGCUGAGAGAGCAUGGGAUCUUUACAUGAAUGACGUUGCUGCCCUAUUGUCUCGGAAGCAGGAGUUCCGACGUCACCAGCCAAAGACACUUUUACCAAAACGUAUUCACGCCCGUUUCCAGGAAGCCAUAGCACUGAAACCAGUUUUAUUUAGAUCUGUCUUCCUUGACAAACAUCUGUAACAUAAAAAGUUUAAAAUGUUCCAGCAUUGAUGGCUGGAAACAAAUUUGUAAUAACUGUAUUAUAUACCUGUGUAUUUUCUUGAGGAUGGUAUUCACAAUUGGCAGGGGUUCUAAUCUUUUUAUUGAAGUGUC